AUGAGCGGCGCGGGGAAAUUCUCAAAUUUUCUCAUUCAGAUAGCCACAGCCCUACGCGAGGAAAAGGGGCCCGAGCUCGCGUUCCUGCUCAAGCCAACGAGCGAGCAUGGCAAACAGCUCGUGAAGGAGAUGCGGAAUCCAACGCGCGAGUCCCUAGCAUACUAUGAGGGGAGCAUGGAGAGCCCUUGGGACGAAAUUGCCAUUCACUACGUGCUGGUCGUGAACCAUUGUGCAAAAAAGCGGGAGGCGGAGGCGUUCAAGGAGGAGUGCACGCUCGUAAACCUGUUCCUGCGAUAUUUCGCCAUGAAUAGCGGAUGGACACUGCCUGCUCUGUUCUCAAUACUACGGGACCUGCGAGACUUGGCUUUCGACGUGAGACAGGAAGGCACUGCCAGCAUGGAGGAAGCUGCCAGGAUUAUCAGCAAAGCCUUUUCAAGUUGUGUAACUGACAGGCAGUCACCAUAUGCUGAAUCACGGAAAUGGGGUGUAUACUAUGUUGUGGGACUAAUCCUCAAAUGCUACUUCCGCGUGAAACGAAUAUCGCUUUCCAAGAGCAUCCUGCGCGCCAUUGACGCCAAUCCUGAUAUCCCACCAUUAACCGAAUAUCCGCGCUCACAUCAGGCAUGGAUAUCUCCGCUUUUCUGCUCAGCAGUUACGUACAGGUACUAUAUUGGCAUGCUCAGUUUCCUGAACGAAGACUUUGCGAAGGCUGAACAGGAGCUGACUCUUGCUUUCUACAACUGCGAUAUCAAGGCACAUAGCAACCAGGAGCGAAUAUUGACAUACCUCUUGCCUCUGCGGCUUCUCCGGGGACAUUUGCCAACACGAGAGCUGCUUGACCGUUUUCCCGUGCUAGAUGAAUUGUUCUCCCCAUUCAUCUCUGCGGUGCAGACAGGCGAUAUCGGGGGGUACGAUGCAGCCCUAGACAAAUCCGAGCGGCGGCUUGUGGACUUGAAUCUGUAUUUGACGCUCGAGCGCGCGCGCGAGCUCUGCAUUCGAGGGCUCUUCCGGCGGGUUUGGAUCGCAUCACAAAAAGGUACACGAAUACCGGUGUCCCUAUUCCACACCUCGUUGAAGAUUGCGGGCAUGGACGUGUCGCAAGAGGAGGCUGAGUGCUAUGCGGCGAAUAUGAUUUACAAGGGCUUCAUGCGUGGGUACAUCUCUCACGAAAAGCAGAUGGUCGUGCUCGCGAGCGCAAACGCGUUUCCGCGACUGGCGGACCGUGCAUCGCCCUAUGCAUCAUUGUAUUAG